ACCGCGGCCCGCUCGCCCCGCCGCCGCCGCGGCUAUAAAGAGGCGCCCGCCGCCGGCCGCUGCCUCUCCGCUCGCCGGGCCGCAGCGCGCCUCCCCUCUGCCUGGCUGCUUUCAGACCCCGGGGCCUGGUGCGGCCACGCGGCCGGCCGCCUCCCCGCGCUGCCGGUGUCCUUCCCCGCUGUGAACCCCUCCGGUGACACCCUGCUUGUGCAGGCCUGCCUUCAGUGAGGUUUUUAAACAGCGUUUUGAGUUUUUGCCUCAUUUAGAUAUUUACUGUAAGCUCUGUUUUAAACCCCCUCCCCCUCCAAGAAUAAACCCCCCUUAGUUUGUGGUGGGAGCACGUGCUGGGUGGAAGAUGAAUACGGCAGCGAGCAGCUACCCGAUGGCAUCGCUGUACGUGGGUGACCUGCACCCCGAUGUCACGGAGGCGAUGCUCUAUGAAAAGUUCAGCCCUGCUGGGCCUGUCCUCUCCAUUCGGGUUUGCAGGGAUAUGAUCACCCGCCGAUCCCUAGGCUAUGCCUACGUCAACUUCCAGCAGCCAGCAGAUGCUGAGCGUGCUCUAGAUACCAUGAAUUUUGAUGUGAUCAAAGGAAAACCAAUUCGCAUCAUGUGGUCUCAGAGGGAUCCUUCCUUGAGGAAGUCAGGGGUUGGGAAUGUCUUCAUUAAGAACCUGGACAAAUCCAUUGAUAACAAGGCACUUUAUGACACAUUUUCAGCAUUUGGGAAUAUUCUGUCCUGCAAGGUGGUGUGUGAUGAGAAUGGCUCUAAGGGCUACGCAUUUGUGCACUUUGAGACCCAGGAUGCCGCAGAUAGAGCCAUCGAGAAGAUGAACGGCAUGCUGCUAAACGACCGCAAAGUAUUUGUUGGGAGAUUUAAAUCUCGUAAAGAGCGGGAAGCUGAGUUGGGAGCCAAAGCAAAGGAAUUUACCAAUGUUUAUAUUAAAAAUUUUGGGGAUGACAUGGAUGAUGAACGACUGAAGGAGCUCUUCAGCAAAUAUGGUAAGACUCUGAGCGUUAAAGUGAUGACAGACCCCACUGGAAAAUCCAGAGGCUUUGGCUUUGUGAGUUUUGAAAAGCAUGAAGAUGCCAACAAGGCAGUAGAAGAAAUGAAUGGAAAGGAUAUCAAUGGGAAAAUGGUGUUUGUAGGCCGAGCACAGAAGAAAGUGGAGCGCCAGGCAGAACUGAAAAGGAAGUUUGAGCAGCUAAAACAAGAGAGAAUCAGUCGGUACCAGGGAGUUAACCUGUACAUUAAAAACCUAGAUGACACUAUAGAUGAUGAAAAACUGAGGAAGGAGUUCUCACCUUUUGGCUCAAUAACAAGUGCCAAGGUGAUGCUGGAAGAUGGACGGAGCAAAGGGUUUGGCUUUGUCUGUUUCUCCUCUCCAGAGGAAGCUACGAAAGCUGUAACAGAGAUGAAUGGGCGAAUUGUGGGCUCAAAGCCAUUGUAUGUUGCACUUGCACAAAGGAAAGAAGAGCGAAAGGCCCAUCUAACUAAUCAGUACAUGCAACGCAUUGCUGGGAUGAGAGCCUUGCCUGCCAACACAAUCAUUAACCAGUUUCAACCUGCUGCUGGGGGAUAUUUCAUGCCUGCUGUGCCCCAGGCUCAGAGCAGACCCACUUACUAUGCACCCAAUCAAAUGACGCAGAUGAGACCUAACCCACGCUGGCAGCAAGGGGGAAGACCUCAAGGCUUUCAGGGAAUGCAGAAUGCCAUGCGCCAGUCUGGACCACGGCCAGCACUGCGCCAUCUAGCCCCUGCUGGCAAUGCUCCGGCCUCUCGUGGCCUCCCUGCUGCUGCCCAGCGAGUUGGCGUUGCUACUGCAGCACAGAAUUUAGCUCCUCGUCCGCCAGUAGCUGCCCCCGCUCCCCGAGCAGUUCCUCCUUAUAAAUAUGCCUCAAGUGUCCGCAGCCCACAUCCAGCUGUACAGCCUUUGCAGGCACCUCAGCCUGCAGUACAUGUGCAGGGACAGGAACCACUAACGGCCUCCAUGCUGGCUGCUGCCCCUCCCCAGGAGCAGAAACAGAUGUUGGGAGAGCGUUUAUUCCCUCUAAUUCAAGCUAUGCAUCCCAGCCUUGCAGGGAAGAUCACAGGAAUGCUGUUAGAGAUUGACAACUCGGAGCUGCUGCACAUGCUAGAGUCUCCAGAGUCCCUUCGGUCAAAGGUGGAGGAGGCUGUUGCAGUGUUGCAGGCUCAUCAAGCCAAGAAAGAAGCUGCCCAGAAGGUGGGCGUGGUUGCUGCUACCUCUUAAACCAGGAAGACUGGGUGCAAAGAAGCCAAAUAACCCUUCAUAGACAUCAGCUCAAGAUGUUUGAAGAUUCUUCACUGUCCUGCAGAUCUCAAAUGCCAUGCAUCGUAUCACAUAGUUAUAUUGCAUUUUGUAAAUUAAUCUUUAAAAUCUUAUUUAAAAAGCCAACUCCAUGAAGCUCUAGAUUUCCAAAAGCAGAAUUAAGUUUGCAAGUUUCUUCUUUAUGGUCAGGACAGAGUUAGCCUUUGUCUUUUUAAGCAGGACAUUGAGGAUUUCUGAUUGAAAGUUUUUUGUGGUUUUGGUUUUAACUGAACAAUCCAGGUUGGAAAGUCUGGAAAGCAUUUAUCAAUAAAGGAAUAAAAACUUUCACUACA